AUGGCCAUGCCAUGCACUCCCAGUCUUGCUAAUCUACCGAGCGCCGGCAUGCUCUCCUUCACUCUCUUGGCUGAGCGCGUUGUAGGCAUGCUCGAAGAGACCUUCCGCUUCGCAGCCGAAGCAGCGACAACCCCCAGUCCCGUCGAGAGCCCCUGGGCCAAGCGCUACCGGCAACGCUUGCGAGACUUGAGCAGUAAGGGGAUCGUUGGAUGGUUUGAAACGCCCGUCGCGGCAGGGGAGGGGGAUAUCGGGCGGCGGACCGUUGGAUUGGGGUGGGAGUUCGGGAUUCUGGAUGAUGCUGCUGAUACCAUGCUCCUGACUCUAGAUCUCGGCGUGGAGUUCAUCUGGAUAGACGCAUUGUGUAUUGAUCAGGAUGACGCCAACGAUCGGAAGGACCAAGCAAGCAAAAUGGGGGAGAUAUAUGAAAAUGCACUACUGACACUGAGCGCAAGUGCAUCCGAAAACAUUCGCACUGGGCUCUUCCAUAGCGCAGCCCAAAAUACAAACUGA